UGGCACAUACACACAUAGUUCCCCUAUUCUUGCCACCUUCCUUGGCUCCUUUCUGCCUCUUUUUACUCUCAUUGUUCCCAUCAAAUUCUCAUCUUUGUAUUUAUCCUCUCUCAAAAUCAUAUGAAAUUUGCUCUAUCUUAUUUUUGGAGUACUUAAAAUUUUGCUCUUUGAGGACUGCUCUUGAAUGCUUAUGCAAAAUUGCUUCCAGAAAUAUGGGAUUACUCUUUGCUUAACCGAGUCAUAGUUACUGGCGGAUCCAAAAUUUAAACUUUACAAGUUCAAAAUCUAAGGUCAGAUGAACCCGGUGCUGUAAGGUUGCAUCCGCUUCUGGUCAUAGUACCAUCUUUAGGAAAAUUUUAAUGAUAACGAGCAUCUCUUCUCAAGGGAAUUCCUUGAUUAUGGGGAGUGUUUGUUCAUGUAAAAGUGACCAUUAUGCUGAUGAGAAUGCAACUAGAAGAGGUUUCUCUAGUAGAUACUUCAAAUUUGGGAGCUCAAAAUGGAUAGAGCCUUACCUUUUUCUUCCUGCUGGAUGUUGUCAAUUUCGACGAAGCAGUUGUCCGUCCCUCAUGGAAUUGUGCAUUCAUAAAAUAUGUGAGGACAUUGACAAAUACCAUUCAUUUUCAAUGCUCCCGAGUGACGUAAGCCAGUUGAUUUUUAACCAUCUAGUGGACUCAUGUAGUCUUUCCGAUAACUGUAUUGAGGCUUUCAGAGAUUGCGCUCUGCACGAUAUGUGCAUGGGAGAAUAUACACGAGUAAAAGAUAAUUGGAUGGAUGUCAUCUCUUCACAAGGAUCAUCGUUACUGUCCGCAUAUAUCUCUGGUACUGAGGUUACAGAUAUUGGUUUAAGCCUCCUAAGGAAUUGCUCAAACCUCCAAGCUUUAGGUUUGGAUUACUGUGACAAAAUUUCCGACGGUGGCAUAAAGCACAUCACUGGUUUUUCAAAUUUGAAAUAUUUGGGAUUUAGAAAAUGCUUUGCGCUUACUGCUGAAGCAAUGAAAAGUCUAUCCGGCUUAAUGAAACUGGCCAAGUUGGAUAUUGAGAGAUGUCCUCUAAUUCAUGGAGGUUUUGUUCAUCUUGAAGGUUUAAAAAAUCUUGAAUCUCUCAGUAUAAGAGGAUGCAAAUGUAUCAUAGAUUCAGACUUGAAGUCUCUUGCAGGGCUUGUGAGUUUGAAGGAACUUCAGAUUUCAUGUGACAACAUAACAAAUGGUGGAGUGUCUUAUUUGAGAGAUUUGUACAAACUCGUCGUGCUAAAUUUGGAAGGGUCUGAUGUUAGUGCUCUAUGUUUGGAUUACCUCACAGCUAUCACUUCACUGCAAUCGCUAAAUCUUAAUAGAUGUCAUCUAACAGAUGUUGGAUGCGAGAAGUUUUCCACACUCAGCAAUUUGAAAGAGUUGAAUCUGGGAUUUAACAAUAUCACGGAUAAAUGUUUGGAACAUUUAAAAGGGCUGACAAAAUUGGAAGGCCUCUACUUGGAUUCUUGUAGGAUUAGCAAUGACGGUCUUGCUCAUUUAGCUGGACUCGCAAACUUGAAAUCUUUGGAGCUGUCUGAUACUGAAGUUGGAAGCGAUGGAAUUCUGCAACUCUCUGGGUUGACAAAGUUGGAGGAUCUCAAUCUCUCAUUCACAUCGGUAACUGACAACAGUUUGAAAAUGUUAUCUGGAUUGACAUCUCUUAGGUCGCUUAACCUUGAUACUCGUCAGAUUACUGACUCGGGCCUAGCAGUUCUCACCGCAGGUUUAACUGGAUUGACUCACCUCGAUCUUUUUGGUGCCCAGAUCACGGAUUCGGGGACAAAGUAUCUGUCAUAUUUCAAGAAUCUCCGUUCUCUUGACCUGUGUGGCGGGCGAUUGACGGAUGCUGGCGUCAAGAACAUGAAGGAUCUGUCUUCUCUGAUGUUUCUGAACUUGUCACAAAACCUGAAGCUAACAAAUACAGCCUUGGAAUAUCUAUCAGGAUUGACAUCGUUGGUCUCUUUAAACGUCUCAAACUCUAGUAUCACGAACGAUGGCUUGCAGUACCUGAAGCCUCUUAAGAAUUUACGCUCUCUGUACCUGGAAUUUUGUGGUGUGACCGCAUGUGAAAUCAAGAAGCUUCAAGCCAAAGCCCUUAGGAAUCUAGCACGAUACCGCCCUGAUCAGUAAUGGGUAUCACGGAUAUAGAUGGACAACUGGUUUGCUGUGUAAAUAAACAAAAUAACAUGUAGUAGUAGUAAUUAUUCCUAUAGGCAUAUAUAUGUAGGGAAAAAAUACUUGUUUUUACUAUGUUGGCAAUGACUUAUUCUCAUCAAUCUUAUUACUUGGCACAUAAGAAGUUGGAAUGUUGUAUCUGGAGCCGCUUGUUCUCAAUUUUUGUACAUAUUUAAGAGAAAUGAAAACAAGAGAUAUGGGUUUCUUUCA